AUGAUAGCAUGGAAGAGUUUUUGGCAAGAUGAGAUGACACCUUGGGAUAAAGGAGGUGUAUCACCUGCUUUAAUUGAACUUGUAGUAGAAAAAGGGUUCAAACUACCGGAUGGAAGAGGUCUAGUACCAGGAUGUGGUCGGGGUUAUGAUGUUUUCUAUCUGGCAAAUGAGAGAAGGCAUAUACUCGGUUUAGACUUGAGUGAAGUAGCCAUCGAACUUUGUAAACAGAGAAAAAAGGAACUUGGCAUUAAUUCAUCGAUAGUUGACUUUCAAACUGGAGACUUUUUCACAUUUGAGAUUCCGAAGGGCGGUUUUCAAAUAGUUUAUGAUUAUACAUUCUUAUGCGCUCUAGAUCCUUCAAUACGUCCGGAGUGGGCAAAUCGCACCGCCGAGCUGAUCUCGCCGGGUGGGAUACUAAUAGCGUUAAUGUAUCCCUUGAAUGAGCGUGAAGACGGGCCGCCCUUUACAUUGUCUAAACAAAUGUAA